AGUCUAGCCACUGUAAUGCAACGCCGUGUGCCGUGUGCCGUGUGUGCCUUGUGUACAUGUGUUGCAUUCCAUGCUGCACAGACUGCAGAGAACACCGUGCUCUACGAGAUCGAAAAGCAAAAAUUCCACGCCAUCGUGAAGAAGUACUCUCGGCGAUCGCUCAAAGAGCUUGCGACUGAAGGCGUAACCCGUUAUGGCCUGGCACCACCAGCACCGCAGGGAAAGGCACGCUUGCGCAAGCGCUCCUUUUCGGCAUCGGACAUUCCGCAGGCAGUCCGAGGCAGCGGUGGUCCUACUACCCAUGCUCAUUCCAAGCACUUUCUUCCGGCGAUCUCGGCGAAAACCAGUCCACGCUCGCCCAUGACUGGAUUGUCCAGGAGUAUGUCAAACUCGCCAGUCAUGUCGCGAUCCUCUUCGCGCACUGCCAGCCCUGUGUCCACAUCAGGCACUAGCACUCCGACGCGUCGCGAGUUUCUGCCGCCGCUCAACCCGUCCAGCAGGCCUGGCAGCUCGCUGACUGCAAACCGGGAUAACUUCUCCACAGCGCUGGCCCAUCAGCUGAGUAACUUGGUAGAUGGAAGCUCCGGCAGCACACCACCCACCGUUGUGCGCUCACCGGCCACAGCGCGGCGUGCGGCAGCAGGUCGCUGGGACCAGUCGCAGCGGUCGGCGUCUCCAAUGACGAUGCGCCGUGCCGCUACGCUGGACUCACCGGUACAUCUGCACGGCGGCAACAUGUCCUGACGCUUCCGUACAUGCACUCAGGUUCAAACCAAGAGUAAACAAGCUCCGGAGCUUAUUCUUGCUCAAACAUGUACCUACAUGAGCUCAGAGGUAUCAGUACUCAGUGUCGAGUCUUGAUACAAAGAUCAAACUCUUUGUCUGCAUAGCUGUCAUACAGAUGAAGUACCAAUCCGUAUACAGAUACACGUACUGCAGACCAGUCAGUGAUAAAAGGCCGCACGCAGUUGUUUGCAAUGCUGCACAUGUUCUAUAUAAAGAAUUUAAAAUUAAUUUUAAUAGAUGUACCACACUGAGCAGGAAAUGUAGGCUACAAUCCGAAGGAUCGAAUAAACUUCCAGGGGCCUCACCUCUAUUUACGGUAAUCUUAUAAUCUUCAGCCAGGUUAGGACCAGGGAGUAGUACUACUCCUUGGUUAGGACGCUAGCCGUGUAGAGACGUCUAGACAUGCUCAGCUAGCAGGAUCUGCAUAUCUGGCCAUGCAUAAUUACACUUGAAUGUUUUAAAUGUUAGUAAUCUAAUUAUUUGUACUGCUGCUGCAGACACUUAUGUUGAUUUACUGAAUAGCUCACUCCACCACACUGUACAAUUGCUGAAAUGCAGCCAUGGCUGACCAUCCAUUUGCCAAGAACUAACACUUGUCUUGCCUUG